AGUUUAUUACAAUGGAUAUAAACGUCACUCCCAGCUAUGAUUUUCCUCUUUGUUAUAGAAAUGAUACAGCCACGUCCUGGGUACCUACGUCAAUGGAAUUCUUCUUUGGAGUGUUUGGUAAUUUCAUUGCCCUCAUCCUACUUUGGAUCAACCGCCAUGAUCACCGCUGGGACUCGUUCUACAAGCUCUUUACUGGUUUAGUCAUUACUGACUUCAUUGGAGUAAUCGUCGUUUACCCUAUAGCAACGAUUAGAUACGCCUCGGAUUUCACGUGGUGUUACCCGAAAAAUCUGUGUAAAUUCGUUUCUUUCAUUUUUGUCGAUGCUCAUUUAUCGGGGGCGUUACUAAUAUGUGCCAUGGCUGUGGACAGAUUCAUGUAUUCAGUGAGUAAUACGAUCUCAAACAGGACCUAUACCUUCAUUUUGAUAGGUAUAUGGAUUAUCGCGAGUUUGGUAUCCCUAUUACACCUUAUUGGUGUUGGACAAUCUAAUUUAUACUUUCCCGGAUCAUGGUGUUACUUCGACUUCAUAAAUGAUACGACCGGAAAUCGCAUUAUGUCGUACCUUUAUUCUAUAUUUGGUUUUAUCAUCGUAUUUGUUACCAUUCUCAUGUACGUUAUUACAAUGAUUCGCAUCUGUAGAAACCCAGAAAGAAGUGGUUAUUUUCUGGACGCCAAUCGAGUUUCCGGAUACUACGACUCUCAUGUUAUGGUUUUCAUGACUGCUGUUACCGUGCUGUUUGUUAUCUUAUGGACUCCUUUCCUAUCUUAAUCAGCAAUAAAGGACCGGAUUCCUGAUGUACACACGUCUUUGUGAUGGAAUGGAUUUGGCUUGAUAGAUGUGCAUUAAGUAUUCUUUUAUCUCCCUAAUUCAUGACCAAACUAAUUUCUUCAAAGAGGUUUAGUCCCAAGUAAGUACUAAUAUGUGUCUUGGAAUAAUGGAAUCUGCAAGGAUUAUAACGGUUGGAAUUCAGAACAUUAUAUACAUAGUCAUCAACAUUUGAACUUGACUUACAUUUUCCUGAUUAGAAAAAUUAUACAGGCACCCUUAAUCCCAAAGAAACUUUAAGCAUGAUAACUUUGUCAAGCAUAAAUGGUCGUGGUUAUCAAUUCCGGAAUAACUUCAAUUUAAGUUAUCUAUAAAACCUGCAUAAACAUAUUCAAACAUGCUUACUUUGUUUCAACAAUCACGUUUAAAGUCAGUAUUUUGUAAAUGUUUUGUUGUUGUAAUGAACGAAUUUGCAAAACAAAUCUGUCAUUAGGUCGAAUGCUGUGUGACGCGAAUGCUGUGUGACGUGAAUGCUGUAUGACGUGAAUGCUGUGUGACGCGAAUGUUGUGUGACGUGAAUGCUGUGUGACGUGAUACUUUCCAAUUUUUGGUUACACCGUUCUUUACAUGCUGAUUUUGACCAUUAAAUACUCCGUUUAUCUGAUCAAGAUAUAGGACUCACGACGGGUGUGACCGGUCAAUAUGGAUUUAUUGCUCCUCCUAGACACCUGAUCUCACCUCUGAUAUGUCCAGGGGGUCCGAAUUUGUCAUCCUACCAAUUUUGUGUUCUUUAUGGUAUUUUUGAGGUUGAUCGUUAUCUUUACGUUUUCAUUUUGCAACCUACAACUGUUUAACCUAAGUUCAUAUUCAUUAAUUCAUGUACGUAUAGAAGUGUCAAACAAUACAUGGAAUAAGAUUAACUUUGCAUAAAAGACCAACAUAUGCAGGGUGGUGGUAUUCUUUAAGAUAUAAAAGAGUCUAGGUUUCAAUGUUAUUCUUUAGAAAUUUUCCAUUUGAUAGAUGUGUGUUAUAAAGAGGACUAAUAAGUUUCUGUAUCACUUACAGGUGGACGUAUUCUUACACGCUACCAAUAUCAGAACACAGCACGAUAAUAACAAAGUAGAAUUAUGGCUUGUUCGAAAUGCUGUCAACAACGCCAUGCUGGAUCCAUGGCUAUAUAUUGUGCUUAGAAAGGAAUCCCUGCGAAAAUUUGUUUUGUUUUAUCGCAAAUGCAGAGGGGCGUCAGAUCCUCAACAGAUGAAAAAACCAGGAGUUGACGAAACGGACAUUUUGCUUCCGAAAUAGAACUGACGCUGUGGUUUCAAGGAUUUUUUAGGGUCUGUAGAGGGCCGAAAUUGGGCCCCAUUCUCAAUGCUAAAGAGCAGGUGUUUUUCCCAAAAUGAUGCCUUUUAAAAAAUUCCCAAAUGAUGGAUGAUUUGAUGAGAAUAUGCCAUGAGGCGCCAUCCAACUUUGGUGCCACUCUGUUGCAAAACAUUUUUGACAGUUUAUUCUCUGCCAAAGACCGGAAAUUAAAGCUUUUUUAAGCCACACUGAUAAUGAAAAAUCAAAUGGUUAACUUUUUGCUUGUUUUUCUUAUUUAUUCGUAUUAAACAAAUUUCCCAAUUUCAA